GUGCCCUCCUUCUCUUCUGGAAUAGCAAUUACCUCUGCGACCCGAGUCGCCCUCAGUCGUCGUGGGACACUGACGACAGUAACACCUGGCCAAGGACAUGUCCGUAACUCGUCCAUGACAGUGCGCGCGCGGCGAAUCUUACAUCGAUAGAAUCUUUCCUUUGGUACGUGACGCGCGAAAGUUCACACCGAUCAAGCAGGAUUUAACUCGAUCGCGGAAAAUGAGGUUCUCGCGGUGGCUCGGAGCAUGGCUCGCUCUGUUACUGGCCUUUGAACCCUGCCAGGCGGGCACGUUUGCCGAUAAAGUGAAGAACUUCUUUGGAAUCUUUGGUAACAAGCCACCAUCGGCCGUAGAAUCGCCAUCGCCAUGUUAUUGCAGUUGCGGGAUACGAAACGAAGAAAGCCGCAUAGUCGGCGGCCAAACGACUCAUAUAAACGAAUUCCCAUGGAUAGCGAGACUAUCGUACCUGAACAAAUUUUACUGUGGCGGUACAUUAAUAAACGACCGGUUUGUCCUCACCGCAGCCCACUGUGUCAAAGGUCCCGCUUUCAGAUUCAUGUGGUUCAUGAUCAAGGUCACCUUCGGAGAGCACGACAGGUGCAUCGAUAAGGGGGUAGAAACUAGAUACGUGGUCCGUGUGCUGAUGGGCGAGUUCAGUUUCCUCAAUUUCGACAACGACAUCGCUUUGCUGCGGCUGAACGAGAGGGUGCCGCUCAGCGACGCCAUUAGGCCCAUAUGUUUGCCGUCCGUGCGAGAUAAGCAGUAUGUCGGCACGAAGGCAAUCGUGUCCGGCUGGGGCACCUUGCACGAGGAUGGGAAACCUUCGUGCCUCCUGCAGGAAGUCGAGGUACCGGUUAUGAGCCUUCAGGAUUGCCGCAACACCAGCUACAGUCCCCGUAUGAUUUCCGAUAACAUGAUGUGCGCCGGAUACCACGAAGGCAAGAAGGACUCGUGUCAGGGAGAUAGCGGGGGUCCUCUGAUAGCUGAACGCGAAGACAAGAAGUACGAGCUUAUAGGUAUAGUGUCCUGGGGCAACGGAUGCGCCCGGCCAGGAUAUCCGGGCGUCUACACGAGAGUCACGCGUUACAUAGACUGGAUCAUCUAUCACUCGCGAGAGGGUUGUUUCUGCGAGCAUAACUGAAAUCGGCGUCACCGUGUAACGAAGGCAAAAAACUUCGAUGGAAUUCCGCUGAAGUAUUCGCGGACGAAAAUUCCGUUCCGACACGGGCACGAUACAUAGAAUUUUAUAACGUAAUUGACACAGACUCGAGAUUUUUCAACGAAAUCAUAAGCAAUAACAACGACUCCGACGCAUUGUCCGAUACACACAAGUCUGAAGAUUCGAGUGCUCAGAUUCCGAACAAAUUAUAGGAACACCGCUCGCGAAAACUCGCGAUAAUUUCGAAAACCUACGAAUUAUCUUUGGAGAUCGCGUUGGCAUGUCAAUUGGUAAUCGAUCCAAUUCAGGUGCUCGCGCGGUCAACCAUCGUGGACAAAUGUUGCCGUAUCGACAAGGCUAGCACUCUAACGAAAUAUUAAAUUCUCCGACGAAAAAACAUUUCGAACGCUUCGAACGUGUUCGCGAAGGGUUGUUAGUUUCUACGGAACCUCGAUGCUCGCGCGACUAGCUGAUACGCGACUGUGCGUGGAAAAUACUCAAUUAUUUCUUUCGUGUACCUUGUUUUUUCCAUGUCGCUUACUUCGAUUAACCGCUAUUAAAUAGAACUAUGCCGCGCGUGAAACUGUACAUUGCUCAACCUAUAGAUAAGACGCUGUGUACUCCGAAGACCUAAAUAUUUGUUAAAAACGCGUUGAAUAAUAAGCAAUAAAAAGUCUUAUAACAUGGA